AUGGAGUACAUCGAGGGGGAAAAUUCAAGUGCGAUGGUUUGGACUUUGAAGGAGGACACGCACUGGCCGACGCCCUCUCAAGAAAAGGCCCCACCAACCGCGUCAGCCUGUCACUUAUUAGACAUGAUUGAGCAUGUCUUGGAUGUGGUCGUGGCCAGCGACUCGUCAGAAUCCCCUGGGUUCAUCGUCGCCGCGCCUCAUGACCACGUUCCCAAGGCCGAGGAAACUCCAAUGUGGCGCACUAACGAGUGUUAG